AUGUCAGGAACUCAAAAUAAAGUAUUAGGGAAAAGAUCAAAAAAUUCAAAUGUACCAGAAUUAGAAGUAGUAGCAUUGGGUAAUAGAAAGAAACCAGUUCCAUUGAUAAAUACUAGUAAUUUAAGUAGUGCUGGUAAAUUGAUGGAAUAUGAUGAAAAGAUAAAUACUCCUUCUUCUGGAUCAAAUACACCCGACUCUAUACUAAAGAAACAAAAGGUUGGUGAUGUUGUUGUUCAACCACCUAUCUUUGGUGGUGGUGGUGGUACAACUGUUCCUCCACCUUUAUUGGUUCCAUCAUUACAACAGGCUAGUAGUAGUCCAUCACCGAAUCAUUCAUCUCAACAACAACAACAAUCUCAACAACCACCAUCAAUACCAAUAAGAACCCCACCAAUACCACCACACCUAUUACAACAACAAAUUCAACAAAGACAAAAUAACCAUAAUAAUAAUAAUAAUAAUAAUCACAAUCAUAAUCAAAAUAAUCAAAAUAAUAAUCAUAAUCAUGAUAUGGAUUCAUCAUCAUCAUUAAUUGAACUAAUUCAAUCAAUUGAAAAUGAAAAAGAUGGAGUUAAAGCAACAAAGAUUGUAAAGUCAAUAUUGGUAGCAAUGAAAUCACAUUUGUUGACUAGUAGUAUACCUUCGUCACAUUUGUUUAGUGGUGAUGCCGACAAAUCACCCUAUGUAUUGUUUUUGCAAAUGGUCAAACGCAACACAUCCAUCUUUCAAAUACCAGAUGUUUUGGACAUGCUCCUUGGACUGUAUAGACGCGAUCCAACUCAAAUGGCACAACCACAGGCAAAAAAGAAUAUUCUGGUCCAGGUGUUUGCAAGUGUUGUCUUGUUUGCCGCCUAUGAACAUGUGCCAGACUGGCCUGCCACCUUUUUCUACAUCUAUUCAGACGAUGCUAUUGGUGAUCGUCUUUGGGUUGAUGAUAUCAAUUGUAAACCAUUUUGUCAAUCCAUUCAAUCAUCUUUACCAAAUAGACAAUCAAACCAAAGUAAUCAACAACAAACUAGUCAACCAACUACAACAACAACAUCAUUUAAACCAUCACCUCCACCAGUAUUACCAACUAUUCCAAACAAUUCGAAUAAUACAAAUACAAAUACAAAUAAUAAUAAUAAUAUGGUAGAUUCAGAUGAAGAGAUUGAAGAAGAGAUUAUAUCAUCAUCGACAACUGUAAUGAUUCAAUCUUCAACACCAACAUCAACGUCAUCAGUUCCAAGAUCAAAAUUUCAACAUUGUCAUUUGGAAAUUGUAAGAUAUAUUAUACAAACUAUUAAAUCAUUCAAUGCUGCAUUUAAUCCUCGUGGAUUACUUAGGUUAUUGUUAUUGACCGUUGGAUUUAAAGAGUCACGUGCAGAGGGUGCACAACUCAUCGAGCAACUAUUGACCAACCAAAAUGUAUUCAGGGCGGCCAAAGAAUACUUGCAGGCAUUGUUACACAAUUGUUGUGAGAAUUCACCAGAGGAUAUUAGGGCUGUGCAAAUCUUGAUGCGUGUUCAAGUACAUAGCAGCGUGUCGACUGAUAUCAUCCCAACACUACUCGGAAACAACAGUGCCUAUGCAAGCAUUGCACUGAGACAAGCUGUCGAGUUGGAGCUGGAAAUGCCAGGUACGGGAGCCGGUGCAGGUGCCAAAGGUGCCAGUGCGGCAAGUACAGUGGGUGGCAAGUCCCGUCUAUCCAUUAUAUUCAAGCAUAUGUUACCGUUGCGUGCCGAAGAAGAGUUGGCAUCGAUCAUUAAAGAAUUGUGUGUUCGUGAAGACUAUGCCGUCAAAGUAGUGUCGAGAAUGAUCAUUCGAAAGAUUAUCAAACAAUUUCCAGCCAUCAAUAUGCCACAUUUCUGUAACCAGUUGACCGACAUCUCCAAAGAUGAGCAGUAUCUUGGUCGUGAUCCAAUGGUCAAAGAAAGAUGGGCUCAUAAUCUAGUACAUGCAAUGUGUCAAGUAUUAUUACUCAUUCCAUCAACAACUAUUCCUGGAUCACAAACCACCAAUCCCAAUACCACCAACACACCUACCCCAAAUCAAGCAGCAGCAACAACAACAACUCAACAAACUGAACGUGACAUGUCAAUCAUUCGAUCACAAAUAUCAACCAUCACAGACACCACAACAACCUGGUGUGCCAAUUUAUUUAAUCUAUUUAUAUCAUCACCAACUGAUAUUAUUGAUAUGAUUAAACGUAUAUUAUUUUUAGAACCAAUUAAUACUUAUUUUCCAACAACAAUAACAAUAAUUGAUUCAGAUAGAGUAUCAUAUAGAAUAUUAUCAAAUGAAAUUCAAAUACAAGAGAAUUUUGGUGUUGGUGUACAGUUUAGUAGUGCCAAUGUUGGUGGUGAUGUGUUGGUAUUGUCAGAGAUUGGUGCUAUUGGCCAGGUGCGUGUGUCCAAUGCUCAGCUAUUCUGGCAGGCUGUCAUUAUAGUCUGCUUUAUCGUUUGUUUGAGCCCUUCUACUGUCGGAAAGGUGUUUUGGCAGGCCUGUCCAACCAUCCGUACCGUUCUCGAGAUGAUUGUCACCCGGCUAUGGAGAUUCCCUCCCUACGCAGCCAAGUCCAUCUCGCCUGCUCAAAUCCAGGCUCUUGACCAAGCUGCACAUGCCAAGGAACAAGAGAUCUUGGCCGUGUUGGCUGAACACCAACAAUCUACCGGUGGACCCAUCAUCAUACUCGAUAUCCCCGGAUGUGCAAGACAACCACCCAACGAAGUAGUAGAGCGUCUCGUACGACUAGACAAUGAUCUUCACAUGUCCUAUCUGCUCUGUCAAAGUAGACAACCAGACUUCUUGCUUGAAAUUAUGGCCUCUCAAGAGAGCAGAACUUCUUUGCAAUGGUUGGUACAAAUCAUUCAUACUGACCCUCGCACACUCGAUAUUCUACCACCCAUGUGUCUUGCUGAAGUACUUUUAAUGGCCGACCACUCAUCAGUUGCACCCAUAGCAGCCAAGAUUGUCAAUCGUAUAGGUACACUCAUUACCAAUAGCGCCACAUCGACACUUGAAUUUAUUAAAUUCUUUUUCACCAAUCUUUCAUCUCCAUCUCAUCAAAUACGUCAUUCUACUCGUGUUGCUAUUGCUUCUUUACCUCAUCUAAAGUCUCCAGCAACAACUACAACAACAACAACGACAAUGACAAAUAUGUUUGGUAUUGAUUUGAUUGGAUCGAUUGGUCGUAUACCAACUCAAUUACCUUGGUUUGAUCAAGUUGCUGAUACCAUCUAUCACGCACUUUUGAAAGCACUGUUGGUCGAGACUGACACAUUGGCCAUUCGAUCACACCUCCAAUACCUCUAUGACUAUAGUCUCAAAUCAAACAAUCAACAACAAUCUUCCCUAUCCCUUCACAUUGCCAAAAUCAUUAUCAAUCGUAAAAUCAUCUCUCGAUUCCUUUUAAACGACCCAAUUACAAAACCAAUCAUUCUUGAUUUAUUUGCUAUUUCUUCUCAACUUUAUCAUGAUCAAGAAGAAGUAAAUGAAAAGGAUGAAAAGGAUGAAAAAGUAAAAGAAGAAGAUGAGGAAAUGGAACAAGAGGAAAAGGUGACAAUUACAAAAAAGGAUGGAAAAAUAAUUAAUAUUCCAAAAAUAUUGAUUGAUGCUAUUAUUUAUUCAAUUUGUAAUGUUGGUGAUAGUAGUGGUAGUAGUAGUGGUAGUGGUGACAGUGUUGGUAGUGGUGACAGUAUUGAUAGUCAAGAGAAAUCAAUUAAAAGAAUAACAACCAAUUUAUUGGAAUCAAACAAAUCGUAUAGUCAAAAGAUACUGUAUAGUCAAGAUGUUGUAAUGGAAGCUCUUCAAUCAAAUAAUCAAGUGUUGGUUGACAUGGCAAUUGAACAAUUAGAUGAAUCAACAUUGAUCAACUAUAGUUUAGACUCUCUUACCAUAUCAAGUAAAGCUCGUCAAUCAAUUAAAUUAAUUACAAACAACAGUAAAUCUGAGAGAAAAGGUUUAAAUGGUGAUGAACCAAAAAAGAAAAAGAAAUCAUCAAUAUUAUCAACUUUUGGAAAUUCAAUCAAACAACAAGAACAGCAACAAGACAUUGAAUUAAUCAAGGAAAAGAAAUCAAUUAAUCAACCAUCAACAACAACAACAAAGACAAGUGUAGUUGGUCAACAUGUCUCAUCUUCAUCCUCCUCAUCAAGAACAAAUCAUUUAAAUCUAAAAGAAAUCAUUAGAGAUACACCAAUAGAUUUAUUAGAAGAAAUAUUGGGUAAAUUAUUUGGAAAUCUAUUCUUCACUAACAGAGUUGGAGGAGUUGGAUCAUCAUCAUCGACGGUACCAGUUUUAAACAAUUUGAUUCAAUCAUUGAUAGAAUCAAUUGAAAAUCUACCAAAUGAUCAUCCAUCGAUUGGAUUGUUAUUGGAUUGGUUGUCAGUGUUGGUCAAUCAGAUGCAACCUGAUCAAUCGAUUGUACUUGUAUAUAAUUUGAUGUUUGGUCUCCCACGCAGACCAUUUUCAACCUUUCUACUAUCCCAUUUUAUCCAUAAAUCAUCUUGGAGUACUCUAUCUGCUUUUGUUCAAUAUCUAUUACGCGACAAUAAUAACUAUAACAAAGAGGAUUCAUUGUCAGAUCAACAAUCAAUCCUAACAUUUAUCAACGCCUAUCAUUGUCAUCCAAGGUCAAGUGCACCCUACUAUUCCGCCAAUCCAUCACAGUUGGUUGACUCGUUGCUUUACCACUUUACAACCUCUUCCAUUUGUCUGUUUGCCAAUCAUAUUGCCAAAGCUCAACAACAAACUAGUUUGUGUCCAUCAUCAUCAUCAUCACCACCAACCAUCAAACGUAGUAUAGUACUAUUAACAUCGGCUGCUCAUAUUUCCCCAAACCAUCUAUCAACUCUUGUUCAUUACCUUUGGCAAAGAAAUAACUGUUCAUCAGCUAGUAAUAGUAAUAGUAAUAGUAAUAUCCUACUACAAUUGUAUUAUAGUUUUCCAAGUACAAUUAAAUCAUUAUUACCAGAAUAUUCACCACCAAUCAUGAUGAUCAAUAACAAUAACAACAACAACGAUGUCAAUAAUAAUAAUAAUAAUGUAAACAUGCCAACCACACAAUUAGAUAUACCUAUACAUAGAGUGAUAUUAAAGAUCUAUGAACCAGAACAACGUAGAGAUGCAUUUAUACUAUUUCAAAAGCUUGCCUAUGAUCAUCCAGAGUUGAUCACCAUUCAUCUGCCAUCAGUGUUGGCUCUAUUUGCAGGACGUAGUUAUAUUGCAUUGGACCAAUUCAUCAUCAAACGCUAUCAUAUUCUCUAUUGCGACAUACUAGAUAUUAUCAAUCUCCUCGGACACUGUGUAUUCUCUAGUCCCCAUCUAGACCAAAUCGUCCAAGAAUACUUUUUAUUCCUAUCCAAUGUCCGUAUACACGUCGAUGAAUUAAUUGCCCUAGUCUGUAAAUUUAUGGAAUUUCUACCAACCUAUCAAAAAUUUAAAAUUGAUAAUGAUAUCAUCAUCAAAAAUAUUGAUCAUCUAGAAUUAAUAUCAAAUAUUUAUCCAAUAUCAAAACAAUCAUUUAUUAAAAUUCAACUUAAUAUUUGUUGUUUUCAUGUAUUAGAUACUAAUAUUCCAAAUAUUAAUAAUCAACAACAACAACAACAAAAUACAAAUAAUAAUAAUUGGUUAAUUCAACAUCAAUUACAAUUAAAUCAAGAUAUUGAAAAAUUGAAAAUAGAUUUACAAGAACAAAUCAAUGUUGGACAACAAGAAAGAUAUAUUAUCAAAUUGGUUGAUGAUAUUUAUGUUUUGGCACAAUUGAUCAACUGUAAUCGUGACAGAGUACGACUGUCAGCCUAUACAUUGCUGAGAGAACUGUUAUUGAGUUCUCCCACCAAAUCGAUAUCUGAUAGAAUCGUUCAAUAUUAUUCGGCCACAUUCUAUAGUCCCAACGCCGAUGUCAUCAAAUCAGCACUCUGCCACGCCGGUACCAUGUUAUUAUUUGCCAAUCACAGUCAAACUAAACUAAUCCAAAGAAUGCUUCAUCACGCUGGCAAAGAAUCAUUACCUGAAAUUAGACGUUUAAUCUUACCAUUUAUUAAAAUUUAUUGUUAA